AUGCAAAACGAUACAAAGAUGUACGGUGGCGUUGUUGUGCGCUUAGCCGAUCGUAUGCUGCUCUGCAAAGCCCCUGGAUAUCCAACUCAGGAUAUCUCUAUUCCUAGCACAGCAUGGGCAGAGUUGGUGUCAAAAUGCUCCGUGCCGAAUUUUCGCGGUUCCGCAUUUAUUACAGUGGAUAAUAACAGUAACAGUGAGGCUUCGGCUCUCAGUACGGCAAUGGAUGGACCACCGCAACUCUCAUAUCAUAUUUUGUCGGAUAAUGAACUUGCCUUUGCUCUUUUGGGUGGAAAAGAUGUCUCCCGGCGACAAGGACAUGCCGCAUUGGAUGAAGUAGCUAAAACAUUCCGUAAGAUGUUUGUGGAAAAUGUGUCCAAGUUAAAUCCAAAGUCAGUUGAUGUAUUUGUAAAACCAUACCGUGAUGUAAUGCUGCGUAUGAGUGAGUCUGGGGACUCGGAGGAUAAAGUAAAACGUGUAAAGAAGGCCGUUGAGGAAGUAAAGGAUCUUGCACUAGAUAAUGUGGAACGAGUCAUUCAACGUGGUCAACGCAUUGAUGAUAUUGUGCAGACCACAGAAGAUCUACAAUUUCAAGCACAAGGGUUUCAACGUAGCAGCCGCGAUCUGCGUCAACAGCUUUGGUGGAACUCUGUAAGGGGAAAAUUGAUCUUUGGCGGAGUAGCUUUAUUCUUUAUUAUGGUUGUUUUUUUCGUCUUUUUCUCAGGAGGAAAGGAUAACAGUAACACCAAGUAG